UAUUUGAAACGGAAGUUGUCUCCCAACGGAAGUUACGCGGCCCCGAGCUGCAUGCAACGAUUUUUCACGAGACAGGUACGGCAGUGUCCGCGGUGGUAUAAAGCGUUUGAAGACACCCAUCCAAUAACUAUCUCUUUGUUUGGGUAGCUGCAACCUCUGCAUUUAUAAAUCUCGCAUUUAUUUCGUGUCAGAUACCAAGGCAACACUACGCAAGUAGUCCUCGUAAGAAGUCGGAGUCAUGCAGAUCUUUGUCAAGACCCUUACGGGGAAGACUAUUACCCUUGAGGUCGAGUCCUCGGAUACUAUUGAGAAUGUAAAAGCCAAGAUUCAGGACAAGGAGGGCAUUCCGCCGGACCAGCAGCGUCUGAUUUUUGCUGGCAAGCAGCUGGAGGAUGGCCGCACUCUGGCGGACUACAACAUUCAGAAGGAGAGCACCUUGCACCUGGUGCUCCGUCUGCGCGGUGGCAUGCAGAUCUUCGUGAAGACCCUUACGGGUAAGACCAUUACCCUGGAGGUCGAGUCUUCGGACACCAUCGAGAACGUCAAGGCCAAGAUUCAGGACAAGGAGGGCAUUCCGCCGGACCAGCAGCGUCUGAUUUUUGCUGGCAAGCAGCUGGAGGAUGGCCGCACUCUGGCGGACUACAACAUUCAGAAGGAGAGCACCUUGCACCUGGUGCUCCGUCUGCGUGGUGGCAUGCAGAUCUUCGUGAAGACCCUUACGGGUAAGACCAUUACCCUGGAGGUCGAGUCUUCGGACACCAUCGAGAACGUCAAGGCCAAGAUUCAGGACAAGGAGGGCAUUCCGCCGGACCAGCAGCGUCUGAUUUUUGCUGGCAAGCAGCUGGAGGAUGGCCGCACUCUGGCGGACUACAACAUUCAGAAGGAGAGCACCUUGCACCUGGUGCUCCGUCUGCGUGGUGGCAUGCAGAUCUUCGUGAAGACCCUUACGGGUAAGACCAUUACCCUGGAGGUCGAGUCUUCGGACACCAUCGAGAACGUCAAGGCCAAGAUUCAGGACAAGGAGGGCAUUCCGCCGGACCAGCAGCGUCUGAUUUUUGCUGGCAAGCAGCUGGAGGAUGGCCGCACUCUGGCGGACUACAACAUUCAGAAGGAGAGCACCUUGCACCUGGUGCUCCGUCUGCGCGGUGGACUGUGAACGUUUUGUGCGUGAAUAAAACUCUUGCCGCCUUUGUUUUGUGAGGAAUUGUACUUGGCAAGAGCAUUGGGGAGGUAUUGCAGAUGCGGAGACUUUUAUGUAAUUCACGUACGUGCGUCAUAAUCAUUUUUACACAAGAAAGUACGAUGUGCUAUUUCGCUGCCAUGCUGUAAAGGCGUUACAACAA